AUGCCAACGCCGGAGGGAUCAGAGCAACCAGCCAAGAGGCAGAGCAAGUGGUCUGCGCAAGAGAACGCCACCAUCAUCGAGCUUCGAGGCAGUGGAAUGAAGUGGGAAGACAUUUCAAAGCAGAUCCCCGGCAGGAGUGCCAUCAGCUGUCGACUACACUACCAGAACUAUCUAGAGAGACGACCCGACUGGACGGAAGAGCGCAAGGACAAGCUCGCACAGCUCUACGAAAGAUUCAAGGCGGAGAUGUGGUCCAAGGUGGCGGAAGAGCUGGCAGUGCCCUGGAGGGCAGCUGAGGCCAUGCACUGGUCCAUGGGCGAGGUUGACAUGGCUGCGAGGGCUGGGACGACCCCUUUCUCCAUGGCAGCAGUGAACGCCGACGCGAGGCGUCGUAGGUCUCCCUCCCGCACUGACUACAACUCAUACCGACAUGACACGGUCCCCCUCGAGAUUGCAACGGCGUACGACUAUGGCUCACAGCCCGCUACUGGCAGACCCCAAGCGAUCGGCACACGGCGUGAAGCGAUGCCCCCGCCUCCUCUCUCCGCCAGAACGGAGCAAGUCGAAGGCUCCUUUGAACCUCCACUACCAGCACUGGCACCUGUACAGCUUCGUCAGACGCCCCAGAGUGCCAGCGGUACCUUCCUACCCAGCAUCGCGGAGAUGACAACUGGUGUUGCGCCUUAUCACGGUCCACAUGACAACACACCUGCGCAGGGUGUGCCCAUGACGCCGGGGCCAUACCACCCUCACAUGCCAACGGGGCCAGACACGCGCUAUUCUGUGGAGCGUCAAGGUGUCAAACGACCGGCGAGCCCCGAGAACAGUUACCAUGACACGAACCAGCGCCGACGAAUAAAACUAGAGCAAGUGUCGAACUAG